AUGUUCACAGCAACCCCGCCUUCGGCCUACCGUCGGCGGUCCAGCAGUCGGAGGAUCGGUAGCGAUGGGGAUCAGCGGGCUAUGCCCUUCAUUCCUACCAAGAGCAGUUAUUCUUACGGUUCUCCGCAUAGCAACAUGCCCAAAGCCCCUCAAUUGGCCGAUACGAAGGUGCCCAUGGCCGUGGCCUUGCAGCAGAAGCAGGAUGCGGCGGAGGCCAGGAUGAGGGCGGAAGAGCGGGAGAGGGAAGGGGCUUCUGGAGAGCAGCCCGAGGAUGGGCGGGAUGAUCAGGAUGAGCAGAGAUUUCAGGAUGAGGAGGAUAGCAGAAGGUUAGGCCCGACCACCAACACCACCACUACUGCCGCCACCACUACCCAGGCGUUCACAACGGGUAAGAGGGGGAGGGCCACAACGAGGGCUAGGGGGAGGCUUGGUGCCGCUGAGGUCCAGGUUGUGAUGAAUGAUGUUAGGCUCAGGUCGCUGAGAAGUCGCAGUGUCGCUUCAGAUUUAAGUCAAGGUCCUCCCACAGCAAGAUCGAUAGACCUUAUGCCACCACCGCCGCCAUUAGCGAAUGGAAGGCAGCAGUCUGGUAAGUUUCACUCUAUCCACUGCCCCGUCCCUUUGUAGGAUAUUCUGGACACUUGGAUGUCUGUCUCCCAACUUUCGUGCUUCUAGAAGCUCUCCUUUCGGCGCUUUCAUUCACCGCCGCAAAUUGGUUUGCGCGCUUGCUAAUACAACUCGUAUACUGAAAAACAGAAAUUUCCGAUCGUUCCUCUAUCGGAGUCGAUACUACUCUUGGCUUUAAUCGCUCGUACGGUUCGGAGGAUGAUAUAGACCCCGCGCUUGGGAAGAAGGUCUCUGAGAAUUUGGCAAGGGGCUUUGGCGAAACUGAAGAAUCUGAGGUCGAGGAGCCGGAAGCGGCACAGAGACGGGCUUCCUCCAGGAGGAGGUUAGCCCCGGUCCCCAUUUAUCCGGCGGCAGGAAGAUCCGGGGGUGCCGAGAGCGGAACUCCUGCGGCUUCCCUUGGAUUUGUCCAAUCGAAGGUAGGGGAUUCAUCCGCGGUGCUGGCAGGUAAGAGGGCAAGGGAAUUGGAGAGAGAGAGGUUGCAGGGAGAGAUUGAUAGUGCGAGGUUAGCUAGGCAGAAGCAGAGAGAAUUGCUGGAGAGGGCCCGGGAGGCGGCAAAAGGUACAAAAAAUACUGGGGGUGGGGGGGGUGAGAAGGGCGGCGGGGGUGAUGGAGGAGGAGGUGGUGGAACUGAUUCUGAUGAUGUACCCUUCAACUACUUUGGAUUCGCCAACUUCCUGUGGCAGCGAUGGCUUGGAGUUUCGAUCUCCAGGGUCAUUAAAACAAUCGUGGUUUGCUUCUUCGCGACGAUCCUUAUCCACUACCUGGUAACCUCCAACGGCCUCGAGAUCGGUUGGCCGAGGAGUAGUUCUGGUCCCACCUAUAUUCCCCCCUCCGAAGCUCCGAAAAAUAUCGACGAGCUCGUUCACCGCCUCCACACUGUCGAGAGGGAGCUGGGCAAUUUCGGACAUCUUGCUUCGAGUUUUGAGACUAAGUAUCGUCAGGUCCUUGAGAAGGAGUUGUUAGUGUUGGAGGACUCUUUAACCAGCGCUGAGAUGGAAUCGUCCGCUGAUCGAGAUAAGAUCAGAAAUGAGAUCAACUCUCUUUCGAAUACGCUGGAUACUGUCAAGGAGCUACAGAAUGCGCUGUUGGAAGACAACAAGAGGAAAUUGGAUAAACUCUACUCGGCACAGCAGGCGUUAGAUCAGCAAUUGUCGGAUUUCAAGGCGCUGCAGAAGGCACGGGACGAAGCUAUGCAGUCCUUUGAGGGGGCCCUCCCAAAACAGAUGGUUGCUACUUUGGGCCCGGACGGGAAGGUCCAGCUCACCGACGAGUUCAAGGACAGUCUCCAGGAUGUGUUCUCGAAAAUAUUCCCCAAGCAUUUCAAGGAUGCGAUCGCGGGGACGGGAUCCAGCGGGAUUGGGAGGAUACCCAGUUGGGAGGCCUUCAUAAAGGGGAAUGAGGACAAGCUAAAGGAUUUGAUCGAAAAGCAUGCAUCCACGGGGGGUGGCUCGGGGGUGGGUGGGGAUCCAGGUGGUGUGGUUCUGAGCAGGGGGACCGUGAUGGCCAUGGUCCAGGAAGAGGCGAAGAAGUACCACCAGAAAUGGGAGGUGGAAACCUUCUUGCCGGAUUUCGAGUCCAAAUUCGAGAGCCAAUUGGAGGAGCUUCAACGGCGAAUCCGGAGAGAAAACACGGAACAUUUCAAUUCGGCAUCGUCCUCCAUCCUCGCCGCGGCCAGCGCCAUAGCCUCCGGAACCGCAAGCAGGACGGCCAGAAGCAUGGCGCGCGAUUUUGCCAACUCGCACAGGGGUCGGGGCUCCACCGAACGCAUUUCACUCUGGGCCACCCUGCCAGACUACGCAUCCAUCAUAACCGGAGCUUCGGUCUGGCCAUACGUCACAUCCCCUUCGUACGACUGGACGGGCGGCAAGGGCUACCAUCACUACGUCUGGCGCCUCUUUGGCCGGGGCGCGCGGAUCUCGCCGCCGCCAGUAAUGGCCAUAACCCCGUCCACAGAAGUGGGCGAAUGCUGGCCCUUCCCUGAGCGCUCGGGGGACAUUGGCAUCAAGCUCGCCACGCCGAUCUACGUCUCGCACGUCACGGUCGACCACGUGCCCAAGCAGCAAGCGAUCGAGAUCUCGUCCGCGCCGAAGAACAUCGAGUUCUGGAUCCGUGUGCCCUCGGAACGCAAGGAGGAGCUGCAGAAGGCAGUGGGCAAGCCCGCCAGCGAGUGGUACCGCCAGGACAGCGAUACGCAAGGAAAGCAACAACAACAGCAGCUGCUGCAGGCGUCGGCCAAUAGCGGUGAGUGGGUGCGUGUGCACGAAUUUAUGUACGACAUUCACACCGCUGGGUCCCCGGUUCAGACAUUUGAGUUGCCCGUCGACCUCACCAUGCUCAACAUCACUAGCCGCCUCGUUGCAUUUAGGAUCGUGGAUAAUUGGGGGCAUCCGAAUUUCACGUGUUUGUAUCGCGUUCGCGUUCAUGGAUAUCCGCCGCGGAAGGAUUUGCCGAUUGGAGAGGAGGGGGAGGGAGUGUAG